GUCUGGCUCGGAUGGAGAUGCCGCAAAGUGGCACAAGCUGUGAUUACUCUGGGCUCCAUGUGCGUCGAGGGAGGUCUGCAGGCCAGAUGUUUGGAAUGGUUUUUAUUCCUGCUCGUUCCCCUUUCCCGGUUCAUCAUGCAUCAGACUUCUGAUUGGAGACAGUAUUUCAUCUCCCCUGCAUUCAAAAUAGUAUUGAGAUAGCCCAGCAGGCGGUGUGAGUUAUAGCCGAACUAAGAGUUUAUUAUCACGGCUUCUUUCUGCGUCCACAAUAGAAAUAAGACAUAGAGCACAAGUCUCUGGCUAUAAAGUCUGGUGAUAAUUGUUUUAUUUAUUGGGGGAGCAUAAAUUAGUAUUUAACAUCCUGUGAGGUCUCAAAAAGUGGUGUUUUAACGAUGUAUCGGUGAACAAACAAAUGCAAUAGGUGAGCACUAGUCUCGAAAGAAUCGAGUAGAAGCACAGAAAUGUCCUUAGUCACGACACAUUUUAAAAGCCCGUUUCCAGAAAAGAGGAGGAGAUGCGGUUAGGGAGUAGGCUAAUCCAACCGCCGGGUAAAAAGGGCACAUUUCGAUGGCUCAUGUUCCACUGUAACUGUACUGCACCGUGACACCAGCUCGGAGCGGCGCGGGAGCACGGAACCGGGCGCACCCACAGCAUCUGCACGAGCGUCGCACGGAGCACUGCACCUUUUUUUUUUUUUUUUUUGCAAACCUGGAGGUGGAAGCGAGCGCGCACUCUCGGCUGCACACGUUUACAGGGAAUUGAUUCUGUGAGUAGUAAUAUGCGCAACACUGUGGAUUGCCCUAUUUUUUUCUCUUCCUUUUUCUUUCCACCCAGUUGUGUUUCCUUAUUCAUUGUGCGCCCUAUGAAGAGCAUUAACUAUCCCUCCCUCCAAUCCUAUUGAAAAGGCUCAGGGAAAAACAGAGGGAGAUGAGAGCAGCAAAUCCCUUUUUUAUUCCCCUCGUAGUGCUCAAUAAGAGAAGAAUGUGUUGCCUAUCAGUCACCGAGGGGAUCAAGUCUUCGGGACUGUCCCACGCGUUCAAUGCGCCGUGCAGAGCAUCACUGAGUGAGACAGAGUGAAGAGGACUGCAGCAGCAGCAGCAGCAGCAUCCCACCUGGACACUUCACAUUAUUUAGCAGCCCGUCUCCACUCAAGACCCAUUUAAGUCAAUUAGGGCUUCCUGGUUGUCUCGCCCAUCAAACCCUCUCAGUGGACCGUGGAGUGACACGAUGCGGAGUCUCGCGCUGCUGCUCGGGGUGAAAGCCGCCUGCAUCCUGCUGGUGUCCUCGCUCUCGGGCACGGGGGCCGUCAACAACAGCGGCCGGUGGUGGGGCAUCGUCAAUGUGGCCUCCUCCUCCAACCUCCUCACCAACUCUAAGAACGUGCAGCUGGUCCUGGACCCGAGCCUGGCCCUGCUGAGUCGACGCCAGCGCCGGCUGAUCCGGCAGAACCCCGGCAUCCUGCACGCCAUCGCCGCGGGGCUGCACACGGCCAUAAAGGAGUGCAAGUGGCAGUUUCGCAACCGCCGCUGGAACUGCCCGACCACCCACAGUCCGGCCGUCUUUGGCAAAAUCGUCAAUCGUGGUUGCCGGGAGACAGCGUUUGUAUUUGCCAUCACCAGCGCCGGCGUGACCCACGCCGUGGCCCGCUCCUGCUCAGAGGGGGCCAUCGAGUCGUGCACAUGCGAUUACCGCCGCCGAGGGCCCGGCGGGCCGGACUGGCACUGGGGCGGCUGCAGCGACAACGUGGACUUUGGCCGAAUGUUUAGCCGAGAGUUCGUGGACUCCAGCGAGAGGGGCAGGGACCUGCGCUACCUCACCAACCUGCACAACAACGAAGCCGGCAGAAUGACGGUGGCGUCAGAGAUGCGGCAGGAGUGUAAAUGCCACGGCAUGUCCGGCUCGUGCACUGUGCGCACGUGUUGGAUGCGACUGCCCAGCUUUCGCACAGUGGGGGACUUCCUGAAGGACCGCUUCGAUGGUGCAUCCCGGGUUGUGUAUGCCAACAAGGGAAGCAACCGCGCCUCCAACCGAGCAGAUCCCCAGCACCUGGAGCCCGAAAACCCGGCUCACAAACCCCCCUCCGCCAUGGACCUGGUCUACUUCGAGAAAUCUCCAAACUUCUGCUCCUACAAUGGAAAAACCGGCACUUUGGGAACUUCUGGGAGAACGUGCAACAGCUCCUCUCCGGGCCUGGAUGGAUGUGAACUGCUGUGCUGUGGACGUGGGUUUAAGACCCGGACCGAGAGCGUGACCGAACGCUGUCACUGCACCUUCCACUGGUGCUGUCACGUCAGCUGCUUGAACUGCACCAGUACACGGACCCUACACCAGUGUCUAUGAUCCAGGGGAGCCGCCAAGUGAAUAUUUAGGCAUUUUCAGGAGGAAAUGAGGUAGCUGGCUGAGGAAACCACUAGCGGGCGGGCGGUCAAAACUUUAGGUAGAAGCUAGAAAACAAUAGAUGUGUAAACUGACACAAGUACGUCACUGGCACAAAAGAUUCAAUCAUGGAGAUGGAGAAAAGCACAAAUGCAUGAACAGGGUACAGCAGGAGUAUUUGCUUGCUCCUUGCUUUGAUGUUUUAUGGUAUUAUAGAACCCUGCGUCCCUCAAAUGUUUACACUGUGAAUAUAUACAUAAAAAGAAGUAUCAGUAGAGGGACAAAAUUAUGUGGCUGAAGGAAUUACUGUAACCAGGUACUAGAAGCUGCUCUCUGACCCAGUGAGAAACGAGCCAGAAUGUUUCACAGAUGUCCUGUGGUCAGAGCCACAAGCAGCUUCUAAUGAACUGGUGAAGAUCUGUAGAAAGUGGGAAGUUAUUUUAAAAGACGUUUGGCUUCGUUCAUGUCAAACCAUUAGAAGUUUAUCUCUGUGGACGAGCUCUUUGUUCCCCGACUUUCUCUGCUACGUUUACCAUUUACCAUAUUUAGAUUUCUCUGGAGAUGAAACACCUCAACCCUAAUUUGCUGCUUUGACUGACCUGGAGGACCCUGAUUCUCGCCAGGGGAGAUGGGAAGAGUUGGAACCAGUCUUUCUGGGACCAAGUUCAGAAUGUUUUAUGAAUAUGCUGACCAGCACAACUAUAUGUAGCCUGUCCAAUUAUAGGGGUACGUAUAACAUGGAAUAUCGAACCAUGAUCUCAAAAUGAAAACAAAUGCCACUUGAUUAGCAUUUUGACCUAAUGCAGUGUUUGUCAAUAAACAAGUGAUACAGAUUUAUUAAUCCAGGCUAAGCUGCAGAAACUGAGAUGAACGAUACUGUACAGCCUGUGCAGAAUUUAUCUGCAGAUACUGUAAAUCAGCUAAAAGAACCAAAAUACUGUAAAUAAUGAAAUAUAUAAAUAUAUUUAUAAUGAUGUCUGUUGUAACGUUGCUGAAUGCUUUAGGCAUCUGUUCAUUAGUGUCCAGUCAGGAUCUGAUCUUUAACCUUUUCAUUUUGGUCUAAUGCGACUGGCACAAAACUGACUCUUACUACAAACCUUGUUUGUUUUUUUGGAAAAUAUACUGUUUCCUUGUGCACUGAAUAUGUAUCUUUUAUGUGUGUGUACAUAGAAAAUAUUUAUUUCUGGGAAUUUUUAUACUGUUGAGUCAAGACAUCUUUAGAUUUUGAGCAAAAUGUUUAGGUUUGUAUUAUAGGACAAUAAAGUUUAUAUUUUCAAAUGUGCC